AGCAGUGCAGUUAUUGCAGGAGAGUGAUGUGAAUGACGUCAAAGGCAUCUAUUGUGACUCCAUCUUUAACACACUGAAAUAUUUCCAUGUAUGUCAGCCAGGCCUUCCUCCAUGCAUAGGGCAUGACUUGUUUGAGGGAGUUGUAGCUUAUGACUUGGCCAUUUACUUGCGUAACUUCAUAAAGGUCAAGCAUUGGCUCACAUACUCUCAGCUGAACAGGCGAAUCACACAAUUUUCCUACAAGGACUCAGAUUCCAGCUCAUCUCCUUGUCAAGUGAAUGAAAAGGCCAUCACAAUAGGUGGCCAAGCAGCUGAGAACUGGUGUCUGCUUAGACUCCUGCCUGUCAUUAUUGGUGACAAAGUUGAUCCUCAUGACCCAGUGUGGCAACUAGUGAUCACUCUGAAAGAACUUGUGGAACUAGUGUGUGCACCCAAGAUCACCACUGCCCAGGUGGCUUACCUCAACAUUGUUGUGGUUGAAUAUCUGGAAACAAGGAAAGCAAUGUUUCCUUCUGAUCACCUGAAACCCAAGCACCACUAUCUUCUCCAUUAUGCAUCAUUGAUCCUCAAACUGGGUCCCCUAAUACGGCUGUGGACAAUGAGAUUUGAGAGUAAACACUCUUACUUCAAGAGGUGUGUGAGGAGGACACAAAACUAUAAGAAUAUAUGCCAGUCUCUCGCAAAUCAGCACCAACUCCUCCAAACAACCCUCAGCUCAAACUCCUUUUUUGCACCAGUGCUGAAGUCAAAAAACGUUACUCCAUAUCAUGCUCACCUGUACAGUGAUGCAGUGCGCAAUGCAGUUGAAGCACACAUGUUUACAGAACCGGAUUCUGUGUCAACUGAGGUAGAUUUUAAGGGCACUCGGUACAAAAAGGGAUCUUUUCUGUGCCUCAAACGCGAGUCUGAUGAGUCAAUCAAGUUUGGCCAGAUUGAGCUUGUUUUGAUAAUCAAUGACAAAAAGGUGUGCUUUCUGGUGACACCGCACACUUCAGUGUAUUUAUCAGAGUAUGGACUCUAUGAAGUCAAACAAGCAGCUGAGGAUAUGCACUGCAUUAAUGCAGAACACUGCCUGGAUUGCCCAUUGCCCAUUACCCAUUGCCUCUUUACAAUCUGAAUGGAAAUACAGUGAUAUCUCUGAAGCACAGUGUUGUUGAUCAGUAGUAGUGUGAUGAGGUGUUGGGAAGAAGUUUUUGACUAGUGUGUCAAUGGGGGGAAAUUACAUAUAUUAAUCAAAGUAACAUGGUAAUUGUGCUGUGAAGUGUAAUCCACAAUCUGUUAUCCACUAAACAAUAAUUUAUGUUUUGUCCCCUCUUGAAGUCAUGGAUGGAUGGGUGGGUGACGUAACUUCAUCCCUAAGCUCAUUCUUUAAAGAAGAAGAUUCUAUAGCACAAGUAGUGGAGGUGCUCAAAAACAUUGGCGUCUGUUCAGCUGAGGACCUAAAAUUUGUGGAGGCAGCUGACCUUGCAGCAGUCCUGAGGCCAAUAGAGGCCAGGAAAGCCAUGGCCUGCAUUAAAAAUUUAGUGACUAGAGUAGAGGAUACAUCCUCCUCAAUAUCUACCAGCCAGAUUGUUGAACCCAACAACGAAGAAUCAUUUGUGAGUGACGACAUGAGUGAUGAUUUUCCCAUGAGUGUUCACUCCACACCGAAAUCCACUGCUACAAGCAGUCCAGCUUUGACCAUAGCCUCACCUACUGGAUCAGAGAGCAGUGUCAGAGAAGAUACUAGCUGGCAUUACAGGUUCGACAUACCCUGGAGUAAGAUGCCCUCCAGCACAAGACAACUUUUAGAUAAUGGUAAGAGGCCUUCUGCAGCACAGAGAAGGGACAUUAUUAGGAUUGUGGCUAGUGAGGUGCUAACUGUGUGCAAAAAACCUGGCAAGAAACACAUUAAUGAAAUUUCAAGAAAGAUGGUACUUUGCUACCCAAAAUCCUUCCGAGAUGAGAUUGAGGGUCAGAUUGUCGGCACUGGGUAUGACUCACUUGUAAAACAGUUAAUAUCUCGGCUAGAUAAUUGCAGACGACUCCAAGCUUCUACUGCCCAGAAAAGGCUUCCUGAAAGUUGCAGCCCUGACAAUGUAAAGAGAGUGUGCAAAGAUGCAUAUGGCUGUAUUAACUCUGAGCCAGUGCUUUCUCCUGGUGAAACAAAACUGCAAAAGCAAAAACAAGAAGAGCUGGUUAAGAUGUUCAAAAACAAAGACAAAGAUGCAAAAAAAAUAGAAAGACUGAUGGUGGAGACUUUUCCCUCACAGAGGAGAGACGUACUGUCAGCACUGAAAGAGACGGAAGACUUUCUUAAGGAAUGGCCUUUCCUCUGCCAGGAAGCUGGAAUGAGGCUUAAUUUCAAAGAACUAACAGGUGUCCAGUUAGAUGCCAGCUUUGAAGAGUCCACAGCCACCAAGUUCAGAAGAAUCCUGCGGUACUUUCAGUUUGGUAAAACUGAGUCAUCCAGCGAAGCAAGAACCAUUCUGAGCAAAGCCCUGGCAGGAGGUGAAGAAACUAGUGCAGCUGUACUGAUGCUUGGUGCCCAUUUCAAAGAGCAGCAAGAUAAGAUGUUUGUAAAUGUUGAUGACACUGCCAUUGGAGUUGACAUGGACACCACCAAGCUACCAUGGACACCCUGCAUUGUGGUCUGCGGUAACAGCCCACUUACUGCCAAGAUGUUCAUGGUUGCAGUGGACCAGGUCAUUGUGAAUGAGCAGCUUCCCUGCUUCACCAAGGCGUUAGAGAUGAUGUUCUGCUCAUAUUAUCUGCACAACAUUGAUUAUCCUGUUGCACUCACAGCUACUCUGGAGUUCUUACAGAGGUGCAUCUUCAAAAUCAACCCAGAUCAGGGGACCAAAGUCAAGCGAAAAGAAAAGGGACGCCAGUAUGCUGUCAACCCAAGGGUGCUGAGCCUCAUCUCCAAUGUUGCCAAUUUUGAAUGGACAGAGUGA